GGUUUCCUUCUCCCGCAGCAGCAGCAGCAGCAGCAGCAGCUCAGCUGGGCCACAGCAGUUACUGUUGCAAGCUGCCGGGAGGAAGGCUGCUAGCUAGAAGGGAAGUAAGACUGGCUGCUUAGUCACGUAUUACUGUGCUUGCGAAAAGAAGCUGUAAUCAAUCUAUGUCAGUCUGUCUGGGCGGUGUAAAUAUUCAGUACGCAUUUAAUAUGUAAAUACACAUACAUGUGCUUCUAUAUAUUUGCACAAGUAAAACUAAAAAGAUGAUUGAAUUACUGCUUUAUAUUCCUGGGGUUUUCGUUUUUAGAUAGUCAACCUUUGGGGAAUUGUGACAUUUCACUUGAUGGCGGAAGCUCAUUUUAAGAAGGAGCUUCUAUGGUCUCAUUGGCUAUAUUAACUGAAGGAUGAACCACUUCUACCUGACAGCAGGAGAAACCCUGCGUAAGGUGAAGCGUCAUUUCUGCACAUCACCCAUAAUGCUUUGCUGGCCUAAAUGACUGACGAAUGGGGGAGUGGGGGUGGAAAUACUGAUUCUAUUUUUCUGUCAUUCCUGGAUGGUGACAGGAAGACAUGGUUUAAUAUUAUGUGAUGAAUAAUGCAACCGACUUUAGUCAAACAGUGGAGCAUGGGAAGCAAUUUAGCAACUAGAAUUAGUUGGGUGUUUUUUUAAACCACGUGAGAAGAACGAUAUGUGUAUGUUUAGUGCGUCUGGCAUUUUUCUUAUUUCACCUUCCAACUUAAAUGUGCAAAGAGCUGGAGCCUUUGGCUUUAAAGCAAAAGUGAUAUGAAAAAGGAGGGGCAAGCAUUCUCUCUUUGGAGCAGUUAUGGGACCGGGCAUGAAAGACUGCCCCUUAUUUCUGCCCAGAGGGACACAGAAAAAGGAAAACCAGACUUAUGAAACACGCCAGAGAAUGGUAACUUCUAACAGUGGAACAUCUUUUCCAAAUAUAAAAGGAAUAAAGAAACCAUUUCCUCAGCUGACACCAUCUUCGAAUAGAUUGAGUAAGAAUAUCUCCAGCACUACAGAAAAGACAUCGCAUAGCAACCUAGAUGAUGUUCAGUCACGGAUUUUUUACAAGAAAGGGAAUAGGAUGAAUGAGUCUUCUCAGAAAAACAGCAGUAUGAAUGUUGGCCCACCUCCGAAUAGAGCAAAGGGUUCAAAGAAGAGGGAUCCCUUAGAAAAGAAGACAAGUAAAUCUCAGUUACCCCUCAUUCCUUUCCAGUUGAAAAACAGUAUUAUAGAUAUCUCCCAAAGGACUGAGGAUGAACUUAAAGCAAGUAGUUAUAUGGAAGGAGAACCUAAAAGGAAUAUUCCAGGAUCUGUCGCAGAAGCUUUUCCUCUUGGUUCCAGAUUUCCAGAGCCCUCAGCAGGCGAAUUAUUUCUUGACUUUCAAUCCUUGAAUAUUAUUAAAGAAAAUGCUGAUGAGGACAGUGCAAGUGAUCUUUCUGAUUCUGAACGAAUUCCUAUUCCACCUUCUCCCUUUACACCACCAGAACUUAAUCUUAGGGCUGAAGAAAUUGAUCCGGUUUGUUUUGAUCCUCAUACUGAUCAAGGUUCUGAGCAAGCUGAAUAUUACUAUCCUGACUUCCUUCCACCCCCUUUUAACUCUUGGGAUUUAAAUAAUAUGAUUUCAAUGACAAGCUCAGAGUGCAAAAAUGAGCCCCUCCCACAGACAAUAGAGUCCCUUGGGAAGUAUAUUGAUAGACUUGUUCAACUAGAGUGGCUCCAAAUGCAAACUGUACAAAAUGAAAAGAUAAAACUAGUCAAAGCAAGACCUCAGACUGCUCCUGGUACCUUGUGGACUGCAAAGAGCCCUGGGAAAAGCAAGCUAUUUCCUAAUACUUUCUCUAGCAAGGUGUUAACCCAUCCUGAAGGGUUUACAAAGUUUCCCCCUGGCCAGCCAGUUCAUCUUCGAAAGAGAGAAGUUCAUUGCGAAGAAGCUCACCCAUCGUAUUAUGUUUUCCAGAGUUCUCCUAAAACUGUUGAUGCAGUUAGUAGCAGGUCUUGUCCCCCAAAGCAAAACUAUGAAAUGAGAAUGAAGGAAAAGAAGAAGAAAUCAAAUGAAGGUGCCAAGCAGCAACUUGUGGAUUUGCCAAGCAGUGACAGUAGUUCUAAGCUUCAGGCUAGUGGUAACAUUAGAAUUCCCAAACAGCCACAGAUUCUUCUUUCUCCAGUUGAGCAUCUUAAGCCCCUCAAAGCACCCAUACGUCCAAAUCCUAAGAGAAAUGGAAAUGCAAAUAACUAUGGACCUGCCAAUAAAGCCACAGCAGGGAGAGAGCUCAAAACAAAUGGAGGGAAGCAAGCUUCCUAUGUAUUCAAAUAAUUUUAUUUCAAAUAGAUAACAAUUAAAUUAUAAAGAUUAUCUAGAUAGCUACAUAUUAAUAUGCCUUCUCAUUAACAAGAAUGAGACUUAAAGUCUUAUUAAAUGGGAACAUCUAUAGGAAAUUUGUUUACUUGACAUUUCAGUGGCUUGUAUUUUUUUCCUCUUAAGGCAACAGCAUUAUUUCAGAAGAGAAGUGUCUUUUAAUGAACUUUUUUUUUCUAUAUUAAUCAUCUUAGGCUGAUAAUGAGAAUCCUUUAGGUAAAAAUAAACUCACUUGAGAAGAUACGGUAAGUGCCAUUUUGAAUAAGCAAGACCGAAUGCUUUUUCCUGGAGAAGAGCCAACUAAGUUUCCGGAAUAGCCAGCCAGUCCAGAUUUAACUAUGCAGAAUGGAUAGAGUGUUAUUCUCUCUCCUGAUUUCCCUUGCACAUAAGUAAUACACUAUUUAAAAUGGUGUUGGAUUAUAGAAGUUAGAUAGUAAAGACUUUUCUUUGCAUUCCUUCUCUCUCACUUGCCUUUGCAUUAGUUGUAUAAGCAAUAGGGUCAGCUUCAUUUCACGCUCUAAGAGAGCACUUCAAUUUGUCCUCAGGGUUAUGGAAUAUGGAGUUUCUAUUUUGAGCUAAGUCAUUUAUCACUAAAUUGCUUUCUCUUAAGAGUCUAUGGAUUCUGGUGUUUCAGUACUUUUCCUUUAACAGUCCAACAUGGGAAGCAAAUAUGUUAAACUUAGGACUGUUUGAAAGAUCCUGUUUUGAGAACUUGAAAACUUGGUUUAAAAUAAAACCAGUUCCUAAAUGUACAUAUUUCACAAAACUUUUUUUUUCUAGCUAUAAAUUGUUUAAAUAUGGUUUCACUUUGGUAGAGAGUUGGGAUGAAACAGAUGGUAUACCAGAAAUUUCUGGGAAGUCAGAUUGUCUUUGAAGGAGACAGCAUGAGGAAAAAACUUUUAGGAUUUGAAAUUGCUGUGCCAGUGGUGCAAUGAAUCAACAUGAAACCACAUUGAAUGUGGAAGACAUUAAAAGUCCAGCAGCUGGAUUCUGCUGAACUUCCUCAGUUUAAUUUAUUAAAUACAAGCACAGUAGCACAACUAUAUUUGGGGGGAAAGGAAGAGGAGGACAGCUGAAGGAGUGGGUGGGCUAGGGGAACUGGCUGUGAGUGAAGCUUCUGAAUCUACUCCUGGCACCUUCCCUCCCCACUCCAGCUCUUCCCAUGGAGCACUCAGAUUGUCCUGCCUGUUCCUGUGUAAAUUGUGAAUAAUAACAUUUAUACUCCAGUUGUGUAAUUCAGCUUAUUGUUAAUUUUCAUAUGCUUCAAAAUGUUUGGUUGUUUGCUCUUUGAAAAAUAGUGUAAUUUUGUGACUAUUUCUAUUUCAGUAAUUUAAAUGGUUAAUCUAUUUUUAUCAUAUUUUUCUUCUUAUCUUAUAACUGUCAAGGUUGUGAUAAAAGUUGAUUGAAAACUUGCAUUGUGAAAGUCAAAUACAAAGACUUACAUUUGAUGCUUUCUGAGCCUUUCUUGAGGUCUAAAUGUCAUUUAAAUAGUUGCAUAAAUGACAAAUGGAAAUUUCAAAGGACCACAUAUAUUUAUAAUAAAAAUAAUGUGCUAAUAGUAAAUUUUAAGAGUACUUUUAAAAAUGAUUUAACCAUCCUAAAAUGUAUUUUGAGGAUUUGUUUUUUAAUUCAAGUACCUUCUCAGGUUCUUCCUCUUAAAAUCUUUAUUCUCCCUAGAGAAUAGUGGUUAAAGUUCUAGUUAGAGAAGCUCUUUUCAUCGAAUGAUUCCUGUAUCUCUUUUGUCCAAAAAAGAAAAAAAUAACAUUGUAUAUAUGCUACUAAGUCUUACUUCAAAAUUCAUAAACCCCAAACAUACUGUGGUAGCUUUUGCACUCACAGAAUAUGCAUAAUAUGUGAAAAAACAUUGCAUGAAUUGUGUACCUUUAAUACCAUUCACAUGUAGCAUUCCCUAUGCAAAUGUGCAAUUUUAUGCCAAGCAUCUUUCUCUGUUAUUGCUGCCUAUUGAUGUGCCCCAUCUAUGUACAUUUCAGUAGCCUAAAAACAGUUUUCUGUACAUAAAAUUGUAACUUUUAGGCCUAUAACUUCUCAUGUUUUUGCUUAGUUUUUGAAGUGUUAUUUUAUGUUCUUUGCUAGAGGCAUAUGAUACCUUACUGUGUGUAUCAUAACUAUAAAAUCUUAGCAACUUUGCUAUGGGGAAGGCUCCUUGCAAUGAAACUGGAUGACUAAAAUUGCAUUUGCCACCUAUCUUGUUAGUGAAGGAUUUGGGUGGUAGUUUUAAGUGCCUGGAUUAGUUUGAGAGCAGAUACUUACCUUAUCUUUACUCAAUCUAUGCACUUGAACUGCAAUCCAUCAGUGACUAAAAAUCUGCUCCUCUGCAAAAACCUCUUUGUUUAUAAAUCAGCUUACUUAAUUGAGAGAUGUCACUUAAAAAAAGAAAUGUGUAGUGGAGAGGGGACAGAAUAUAUUAAUAUAGCAAGACAACAUUUUUUUUAAUUCAGAAAGAGUAAAUUAUACUUAUUUCAGCUUUUGACCCCCUCAGAUUGCUUUAAUUUUCUACAACAUUUUGAUAUACUAAAAUCUCCUGAUGAGAUUUUUUUUUCUUUUUCUCUCUUUUUUUCCCCUGAGGUUGGUAAAGGAACUGGAUGGAACAAUUAGGUGUGUUUAUUCUGACACAUGCAUCAUAUUGUGUUAGAACCCCCAAGUGAGUUAAGAUCCUUCCUGUGUAUAUGAACAUUCCUGGGAAGCACAAUAGUUAAUUCUCCUAUUUCAUCAGAAAAACAUUUAGUGCCCUGGAUCUGUUUCUUCCAUUGCACUUCAAGAAAUAACUCACAUUUUCAGGGAAUAGUUUUUGCAAUUGUAGGAACUGGCCUGAAGUCACAUAGACUGUCCAAAUUGCUGCACAACAUGAGAAACAAGCUUAGGUUAAUGAAAACUGUAAUUGCCCAAGAGUAAGUUAUAAAAGAUACCAAUGAUGAGCUAGCAUUUAUUUGGAAGCAUUCUCUUUAUUGAUGAAUUAAACUUAGACCUGAAAAAUGAAAAAAAAAAAGCCAGUGUCUAACAACUCAGUACAGUACAGUAAUAGGGAUAGCUGAAAUUUGAAGUCAAAGAAACUAUAUUCAAUUGCCUUUUAAGAAGUUCAAAGAGAUUAAAUUCUGAACUCCAAGUUAACAGGCUUAAGCAAACUUUCAUACAAUAAGAUGAUUGCACUAUCACUAGAGAUCUACCCAAAGUCUGCUAUGAAAAUGUAUUCUGGAGGGUUUGGAGCUCCAAAAACAAACUGAGAAUGACAUAUUAAGUGAACAAAUGUGAAACUUAGUAGUAUAAUGGCCAAUGGAAAGAUGUCAUUGACUAUAUAAUAGCUUGGGGAAAGAAAAUUUAUGAUAGUUCUUGGGCUGGUUAAGUUAAAGUUGCAAGAAAGACACAAGAAUGUCCAAAGAUGGCAAUUUUCCUUACUAUUAUUAAUGUCUCUUCUUUAUAAACCUAUUAACUCUGAAGUUAUAUGUAUAUAACUAUUAGAGGUACAUUCCUAGAAAAUAACAGAGAAGCAGAGCUUAUUAAGGAAUAUUUGUACAGAACACUACCCAACAGCAUGAAAACACUUAGCAUGCUUUGAUUAUUUGCUGUUAUAAUUGUUGUAUGCUUGCCUUCACAUAUGAGAGCGAAUAAAAUAAACAGAAUAUAUGUGA